GGAUUGAAAGGUAUGAAGAACAAGAAAGCAGGGUACGGGUGGGCAGUGUCAGCGGGGCUCAACGCCGCUCUAGCUGCCAUAUCCGCCAAGCUUUUUAGCUCUCAUCAGAUAAUCAGGUGUGGUUUGGUAGUACUGUUCAACCUCACAAUGUGGGGAUGUUAUGUCAACAGCCUUAGACCUCUCUCUUCUCUUCAAGCUACGCUCACCAACUUUCUCACUUCUGGCCUAGCUGGGUAUUUUUUGUUUGAAGAACCAUUACCAUUUCAGUGGUUUUCAGGUGCCACGCUCAUCCUUAGUAAAUCAAGUAUUCACAAGAACAAGGCUAGGACAGAGUAAUUAACGCUUUCUUUCUCUACUAAUAAAUAAAUCUCUUAUUUCUUUUUUUCUAUGGUUCGCGUUGAUUUGACUUUAGUUUUUGGCUUUUAGUCAAGCUGAGCUGCUGUGCAUAUGUAAUUGCAGCAAAAGAAACUAGACAAAGGAUAAAGAUUCCAUAUCAGAAUAUGAGAGGAAAGAAAAGUUGUACGCAUAAUUCAUUGUAGAAGAAAUGCAGUUAUAUUCAUUUGUAUCA